AAAUUAUUAAGAUAGUUAUUAACUAAUUAAUGAGACAGUUAUCAAUUAUAUUAGUAGAGACAAGAUGAGAUAGUUUGUUAAAGAAGGAACAGUAAUUCUAGAAAGUAAUCUAACUUUAUAAUGGCUUGACCUUUGACUUAAAAUAGCUCAUCUGCCUUGUAACAUGUUUUUCACUGAUAAUGCCAGUUUCUCUUUUAAUUCUUUUUGUUAUGCGCGAUUAUUUCAUGUUUACUGCAGUAACAUUACAAUCCAUAUAAUGGAGAAGACUCAUGAACUCACACAAUACAAGUCUACAAUUAUAAAGCACAAUACAAUUAUAAAUAUUGAAAUUGAUACUAAUCUGACUAAAAUUAACCAUUUAGAGAAUAUCAUGUUGGGUAAUUCUACUGCCAUUCAACGUCCGAAAGAUCAAGCUUCUACUAAUGGAACUCAAAGAAGCGCUGGAAAAAGAAUAUCUGCUCCAACGAUGGAACAUAAUUCAAGUCAUCCACACAAUGUUUCAAAUUUGGAUCCGGAUCAUUUAACAAUCUUCAAACAUCCAAUUACAACGUUGCAUUAUUUCUUGAACGAACUGUUUAUUAAUGUGAUUAGUUUAGCGAAGAAAACGUUGCUCUACAAACGAACUGUAUGCGUUAUGAUUUCAAUUAUAAUAUUAUUUCUUCUGUCGGGCAGAAUCUCUGGUCCCCAACAAGAGAUUUUUAAAUUGUGGGAGACCAAAAUUAUAUGGUGGUUAUAUUGGGUAGGAUUAGGUGUAUUAUCAAGUGUAGGCCUUGGAACAGGUUUGCAUACCUUUGUAUUAUACUUAGGACCGCACAUAGCAGCCGUUACUAUGGCAGCGUAUGAAUGUGGUGCUUUGAAUUUUCCCGAACCACCAUAUCCUGACCAAAUAAUAUGUCCAACAAAGAUCGAUCCAAUGUGGACAGUAGGUAUAUUAAAUAUUAUGAAAAAAGUGCGCGUGGAAGCCAUGUUGUGGGGAGCUGGUACUGCGCUUGGCGAAUUACCACCGUAUUUUAUGGCCAGAGCGGCAAGAAUGAGUGGGAAGGAUAGUAAGAAUGAAAAUUUCGAUCAAGAGGAUCUGAAAGAGUUAGAAGCUUUGGAAGCGUUAGAAAAUGGAGAGAACGUAUCGUUUGUAAUGCGUAUCAAAUUAAAAAUGAAACGAUUUGUCGAAAAAGCUGGAUUCUGGGGCAUAUUAGCGUGUGCCUCGAUUCCAAAUCCAUUGUUCGACCUCGCUGGUUUGACGUGUGGACAUUAUCUCAUUCCAUUUUGGACAUUCUUCGGUGCAACUCUUGUAGGAAAGGCUGUUAUUAAAAUGCACAUACAGCAAUUAGCAGUGAUCAUAGCCUUCAAUGAUGAACUUUUAGAUAAAUUUAUUAGCCUGUUAGCAAUAGUACCGUUUGUUGGUACAAAAUUCCAAGAACCAUUAAAGAAAUAUUUCAUUGCGCAGAAACAGAAACUACACGAUAAGUCAUCUAUGGACGGAGCGACUACAAUAUCAUGGCUGUUCGACAAAUUUGUGUUGUUGAUGGUUGCUUAUUUCUUGGUGACAAUUGUUCACGCACUAGCGCGAAAUCAUCAUCGUAGACGAACUAAGCCAGCCAUCGAUUAAAACUUAUAAAAGACAUAGGAUAGAAAUAUGAAAUUAGUUCCACUGCAACAUUUAUAUAUAGAUAAAACAUAAUUCCUUUUUAACAGGACAAGAAAAAUAAGAGGAUACAAGGAAUGUGUUGAAAUUUCACACAAUUUCAGUGUUACAUAAUUACGAUAGAAUCGUUUUGUACACGACAAUGCAAUCUUAAGCGACUUUAUUCUGUUUUUAUUUUUGUCUAAAUGUACGUUCUCAUUGGUUAGAAUACUUUGUAAAAAUAUCUGUUGCAAGGAUAUCCUGUUAUAUAGAUGUCUACAUCUGCGUGUGUGCGCGCGCGCGCGCGCGCGUAUGAGUGGUGUGCGUGUGUGUGUGUAUAUAGACACUGAGUCUUUUAUAAGCAAGAUUUUAUGUACAGUGCAUGAAACAAAUAUCUAAUGAUAUUCUACAACUUUCCUGCACAAUCAAUUGAUAUUCAAGCUUCUGCGUAUUACAUCGAUAGCAAGAAUUGAAUUAAAAGGUUUGCGAGUGAUGAAAAAAAAUCCUGUAAUCAAUAAAAUUAUAAUAGUAUAUCUAGCCAAAUUUCUAUAAGUUUUGUAUAAUAUGCGUUUUAAGCAUACACAAAGAGUGCGAUAUGAAUCUUGAAUUAUCAACCCAUUUUUCGCAUUAAUAAAAGAAUAUGUAAUAAUUGACUGAUACAAAAAACGAAUAGAUUAUUAUGAAUAAUAGAGAAAUUAAAUACUACAAGAUAUGAA